AUGCGGGAUGCUAUUGGAGACGUUGCUGCUACUUGUUUGGACGUUGCAGAGGCUAUGGCAUUGAGACAUGCCUUGGUGAUUACAAUGGAGUCCGGUUUUUUGAAGGUGUGCCUUGAGACGGACAACCUUAAGCUGUUUCAUAACCUGCGAAAAGGGAGUGUGGAUCAGACUGCCUUUGGUCUGAUUAUCAAAGACAUACUCUUGUUAGCUAGCUCCUGUCAUGUUUGCACUUAUGCUUUUGUGAAGAGGGAAGGAAACAAAGUAACUCAUAGUUUGGCAAAACUUAGUUGCAAUUUUAAUUCUGUUAGAGUAUGGCUUGAAGAGUAUCCUAGUGAGAUACAUGACAUUGUAAUGGCUGCUUUAAGGCUUUCUUCUUCUUAA